GAGCACAAGUCCAGAAUACGACCAGGACAUGACAUCCUGUGUGACCCAAACAGAGAUCAACUGACAAGAUAAGGUUGUCUGUUUUUCAACGUUUGUGGAGCUGUUCCCAGAAAUAAGACCAAUGUCUGCCAAAGGAGGCUGGAAGGACGUGGACCAAUGGAUGCAUGUAGAAUCUUAUUUGUAACACACACCCAUCUGUGGGAUAUAAAAUGCAUGUACACUAUGUUGUAAUCAGAACCCUAUCUCACACCCGUUCGUACGUGCUUGAGAGGUAAAGCCUGAAAUAAAUUGGGUUCCCAGUUGGCAAGCAGAAAGACCUCGUUUCCCGUGUCAUCAUUCUUUUAUAUAGUUUUAUAGUUAAAAAUCUCCCACAAAUUGGUGACCCCGACGUGAUUUAACUAAAAAUGAUUGCUUAAUCUGUACUGCUGCUCCGGGAGCAGUUCCGAUGGUUAUUCCAGAAAAAUAUACGUCAAAAGAAUGUGCAGUUGUACAACGUCAAAAAUGUAGGAAUGGUGAGUUCACUUCAAGAGAAGACGCAGUGUCAUUCUUUAAAUUACCUAUGUGUGGCUUGAGUUGCAGACUCUUAUAUGGUUCAAGAAACUCUCAUCAAUACUUAGAAAAAUGGAAAGGGUAUAAAUUAGAAUCAUUGUGUGCAGAAUUUAACAUUAGUACUACAGAUAAUGUUCCACCCACUGACUAUGAAAUAGAUUAUGAUGCAGACUACGAAUGUUUCGUCAGUGGAGGUUUUGAGGACAAUGAAAGAAUUAAGGUAGGAAAUACCACUGUAAAAUGUAAUGUAACCUGGGUAUUAUCUUGGUUUAAGCAUGCAAAUGUAACACCAGUGUUUGCUACAAAGCCCGUUUGGUUUGAAAACCCAGAUUUUGUAGAAGAGGACUGCAAAAAUAUAACUAUGACGAUUCCUAAACUUUUCUUUUUAGGAGAUCAAACGUAUCCAGUGGCAGACAGUUACUGGAUGUGUGGUGAUGACAUGCUAAUGAACACCUUACCACUUAAGUGGGUAGGGCUCUGUGCAUUAGUACGAAUGAAAGUACCAAUAACUUUAGUGUAUGAAGGGGUAAAAGAAUUAGCUCAAAUUGAAACGGGUACAAAUAGGUCUCAUCGGAGUCUAGACGAUUACGGACUAAAUGAAGGAGUUUAUUUAAAUCUUAUUGGUCAACCAAGAGGAAUUCCAGAUGAAUUUAAAGCACAGCAUGAAGUUAAAGCAGGUUUUGAGUCUAUUUUACCUCAAAUUACUAUUAAAAAAAAUGUUGAAUGGAUAAAUUACAUUUACUAUAAUCAGCAAAGGAUGAUAAAUUUCACGGUUGAAGGAUUUAUGGCACUGGGAGACCAAGUACAUGAAACAAGUAGAAUGGUAAUACAAAACAGACAAGCCUUAGAUUGGCUUUUAGCAAGUAAGGGAGGUGUUUGUCACAUGUUCGGUAAUCAGUGCUGUACAUACAUUCCCAUGAACACAGUUCCUAAAGGUUCGUUUAGGGCAGUAAUGGUUAAACUUAGGAAACUUAAAGAGGAAGUAAAAGAGAAUGCUGGUGGAAACAACUGGUCGUGGAAAAGUCUGGAAGAAAUUUUAGGAGAAUGGGGUGUUUUAGCUGCUAAAACAGGACUAACUUUGGUAAUAACACUGAUUGUAAUCUUAUUGUUUCUGUGUUGUGUUGUGCCUAUUUUGAAAAGGUGGAUUGUGGGAACGAUGUAUAGAUGGAUGACAUCAGGCAGCAGCCAUCGAAAAGGCUGACAUCCCGACCGCCUGGACACGUCUAUGGACUCACACGUAUGCUACAGACUCAUUCCAAAUGGAAAGGAGUACCCGUGAUCGAGACGGACUCUGUUGUUUUGCUACGUGUCCAUGGACUCAUUCAAACCAAGCACACGAACUGAAGACUGACUAACCCUAUUAACCUUGUUUAAGUUACUCAAUCUAAGAUUAAAUGAAUAAAAUAUAAUACAAUAAAGCGUUAGUAGAUAAGGUAGCACAGGCGGCCGGUUAGUUUAAUCUGUCAUAACAUUAUACUUUAACAUUCGUUUCUGUUUAACCCUCCGUAUCAGUUUUAUUAGCAAGAUAAUUUGUAUAUAUAUAAUCCAUGUGUUUCAUAUGUUGUUUAUUGAUGGUUGUAUAUGUUACAUUGUAUUAGGUACUCUUUUUGAAUGAUAAGUGAUGGAUUUCAUUGCAAGUAGCAUGGCUGAUUUCCAAUUGAUGCCGGUCGACCUGACUGGCGGAUGCUCGAUGGGGAACCGAGAUCCAUGGGAGAGUUUUUUCCCCUGAGAACAGUACAUGAAUAAGUGCCAACAACGGGGUUUUUCGCUUCCAUAUCAGCUGGAUUGAUGCCAAUGUGAAAGCAAUGACUAUUUUUUUUUUUUUUUGUCUCUCUCUCUCUCUCUCUCUCUCUCUCUCUCUCUCUCUCUCUCUCUCUCUCUCUCUCUCUCUCUGAAAUGUGUUAUUGAUUGUAAUUUGCACUUAUUACAAGCCAGUGUUGAUCAACAAUUAUGUGGACACCGUGAUCACAUUCGUAUAUUAUCCAUUGGUUGUGUAAGCAAUUACAUUUUUAGAUGUGUUAUCAUUAUAGCUAAGCUUGAUUAGUGUGGAGUCAGAUUUUCUCUUUAUACGAUGUUUAGUCUAUGUACUUUAGUAUAUAGAGGGUUCCUUAGGAGUGUUACGUAAGUAACGUAACAAGGGAGGAUGUGUAGGGGUUGGAAAACAUCUGAAGUCUGUUUGUCCUGAAAGCGAGGCGAAGGGAGCACAAGUCCAGAAUACGACCAGGACAUGACAUCCUGUGUGACCCAAACAGAGAUCAACUGACAAGAUAAGGUUGUCUGUUUUUCAACGUUUGUGGAGCUGUUCCCAGAAAUAAGACCAAUGUCUGCCAAAGGAGGCUGGAAGGACGUGGACCAAUGGAUGCAUGUAGAAUCUUAUUUGUAACACACACCCAUCUGUGGGAUAUAAAAUGCAUGUACACUAUGUUGUAAUCAGAACCCUAUCUCACACCCGUUCGUACGUGCUUGAGAGGUAAAGCCUGAAAUAAAUUGGGUUCCCAGUUGGCAAGCAGAAAGA